GCCCCUCGCCAGCAGAUGGCAGUAACGAGCUUCCGGGUUUGUUUUCAGUUGAAACGCGUGGAAGAAAAAUAAAGAGGCGAGUUUACAACUGUUUACAAACUUGAACUGUACAAGGCGUGUCCUGCAGAACCGGUCCGAGAUGCUGAUCCGGCAGCUGACGCGGAGGCUCCUGCUCCCUCAGGUGGAUUGUGGGAAUCGGAUCACAGUCCUGAGGGCGCUGAGUGUCGAACCCCAGCCGAAGUCAGAUUUAUCAGAGUUCCGCGAGGUUUUCUCCAAGGCUAAGCACAUCGCCAUCAUCACCGGCGCCGGAGUGAGCGCCGAGAGCGGGCUGCCCACCUUCAGAGCGGCCAGCGGACACUGGAGGAAGUGGAAGACCCAGGAUCUGGCAACCCCGCAGGCGUUUUCCCGCAACUCGUCGCGCGUGUGGGAGUUUUAUCAAUACUGGAGGGAGUUAGCGCUGAAGGCUAAACCCAGCGCUGCGCACGUGGCCAUAGCCGAGUGCGAGGCCCGUCUCAGACAGCAGGGCCGCACCGUGGUGGUCAUCACGCAGAACACGGACGAGCUGCACCGCCGAGCCGGCAGCAAACACAUCCUCGAGGUCCACGGAAGUCUGUUCAGGACCCGGUGUCUGAGCUGCGGAGACGUGGACGUGAAUCAUCACAGCCCCAUCUGUACUGCGCUGGAGGGUAAAGGUGAUCCGGAUCCAAACUGCACUGAGGCCGAUAUUCCUGUGGAAAAGUUACCAAGGUGUGACGAGAGGGGCUGUGACGGUCUCCUGAGGCCCGAUGUGAUCUGGUUCGGGGAGACGAUGGACUCGCACGUCCUCACCAAGGUGGAGAAAGAGCUGGACGCCUGUGACCUCUGCCUGCUGGUUGGUACCGCGUCCGUCGUCUUCCCAGCGGCCAUGUUUGCCCCGCAGGUGGCGUCCCGAGGCGUCCCAGUGGCGGAGUUCAACAUCCGGCCGCGAUCCCGGAUGUCUCGAUUCACUUUUUAUUUCCAGGGCCCGUGUGCUGAGACUGUCCCCGUCGCUCUCGCGCCUCACGAGUCCGAGCUGAUGUGAGACUUCUCGGAGAGGAGGACGACCUUCGACCUGCGCAGGGGCCGCCGGUUAAGACUGCUUUUAUACGUGCCGGGAACGGGAACCGUGCCGCGCAUCGGUGUUUCCGAGAGUAACGGGGGGGAAGGUGUUUACGGAGUUAGAAAAGUCUCGUUUCCUUUCUGCUGCAGUGAAAGUGAUCUCGUCACGCCGCAGUGUGCGCACUCGAGAGCUUGUGUAAUUGAUCUGAUUAUCAAAGUGUGAAAAUGUAGAGCUAUUUCAGGGUACAGGAACUUUCUCCUGCCUCCCUGAACCGUCGAAUUUGCUGUUCAGUAAGACGGACAAGGACGUUCAUUACGUUAAAUGGUCUCGGAUAUAAACACAACCUUUCCAGCGUAAACAGAUGGCGUGAGGGGAUGAUGUAGUUUAAGUUUGUGUAUUUGACUCCACAGAAUACUAAGAAUAAACCGAAAAGCUAAAAGCAUUAAAAAAAAAAGAACCUCACUCCAAAGGUGCCAAACACUCUUUUCUUUUCAUCGUAUAUACAUUAACUCUAAAAGUCAUUUUCCACAGGAUGGGGCAGAGAGAAAGUUAGAGGAAGUGUAGUGUAUAGUCUUUAGAAAUAAUACAUUUUCUGGGGUUUUUUUUCCCCCUUUCCUUUUGUAUGUCUACAGAAGUAAUAACUUCGUCCCUUUUUUUAUUUUCUAAAAAAAAUUCUUCCAAAAUAACAUUUUUUUUCCUUUUUUUUUAAUG